AGCUGUAGGCCGGGGAUGCGGGCGGCGCUGGGGCAGCUCCUCUGCCGGGGCCGCCGCGCCUGUGAGGCGGCGCCGCGGCCGCGCUGCGGCGGACCGGGCUCUGCCGCGGCGCUGCGGUGCUGGAGCUGCGGCGGCCCCGUCCCCAGCGCCGGGGGGCUGCCCCGCUUCUGUCCCGCCUGCCGGUCCCUGCAGCCGCCCGGGCCGCGACCUGACCUCUUCCGCGUCCUGGCCUGUGACCGCUCCUUCCGCCUCGACGAGCAGCAGCUGCGGCGGCGGUUCCGGAGCCUGCAGCGCGCCCUCCACCCCGACCGCUUCGGCCAGAGGCCGCCGAAAGAACAGUACUACUCUGAGCAGCACUCUUCCUUGCUUAACAAAGCCUACCAAACCCUUCUGAAUCCUUUGAGCCGUGGCCUCUAUCUACUGGAGCUGAAUGGAAUACAGCUGGCACAAGAGACAGACUAUGAUGCUGAUUCAGAGUUUCUCAUGGAAAUCAUGGAAAUUAAUGAGAAAUUAGUGGAGCCUAAUAACGAGGGUAACCUUGAAGAAAUUGAAACCUUAAUUAAAGUUAAACAAGAAGAACUGACGAAAGAGGUGACUGCAGCUUUUGAAAGAGAUGAUCUUCAAGAAGCUAAGAAGCUUCUAGCCAAAAUGAAAUAUUUUGCAAACUUAGAGGAUAAACUAAAGAACAAGAAGAUCCCUUCCUGAUACUGCUUCCCUGCUUCCUUUAUUGUAAGAGUUAGUGUUAUCUUCAAUUAAACAUCUGAUUCAGCAACCAAAAA